AUGAAAUAUUUACAAGGAUACAAAUGGGGUCUCAACCCUCAUAUUCAAAAGCUUCUUUACACGACAGUCACCGAAAAAAUGGUCUCAUAUGCUGCUGCAGUAUGGGCCAACCCCAUGCAGGGGCAAAAGAUCAAACACCUGUCUUCCAUCGAAAGGCCAUUUACUCUUAACAUUACUCGUGCAUAUUGCACAACGGCCUCAGACGAAAUCAUUGUUUUAGCCGGACUACUCCCCUUGCAUAUUCGUGUAGAAGAGGAAGCUUCCCGGCAACUCGUCAAACAAUUACGUAGGACUGCAACGUUUGCAGAAGACAUCUUCCUUCCUGAAGAGUAUGAAGCACAGGCCCCCCACUUACACAUCCACCCCUCGCAGAAGGGCGUCGGUGUGAGAAUACGAUUAAACCCAACAUCUACUGAUUCACAUGUACAUACAGAGAUCUAUACUGAUGGAUCAAAAACUGAUAACAACACAGGCAGUGCGUUUAUAGUUCUACAGGACCAAUCGAAUAUUUAUCAAUGGAAAGGUCAGCUACGCACUAAUAGUGUAUUUCAGGGAGAGGCAGUGGCAAUUGCGCAUGCAAUAUCUUACCUGCAGGAACAGCAGAUUACACCUGCAGUGAUAAAAACAGACAGCCAGUCUUCUUUAUAUGCUAUCAACAACCCGGAACACUACUACCCAAUUAUCCAGCAGAUACAACAAGAUCUACGAGACCAUCCGGAAAUUCAUAUCUCGCUGGAAUGGAUAAAGGCCCAUGUCGGUCAUUAUGGCAAUGAGCUUGCUGACAGAUUGGCUAAGGAAGCUGCCAAUGGACAGGCUUACGAACAAAUUAAUAUCCCAUGGCCCAUUUCCCACCUUAAAAGAUCUCUUCGACUUAAGUCCAUAGGUCAAUUUCAGGAAGAAUGA